CGUCAUCCACUGGUGACGCAGCAGGCAUGACCAAGCACCUUCAACAGAACUGUAGAAAAUGAAGUAUACUUUAAAUUUGCUCGUAUUGCUCGUGCAUUUACUCGCGUAUGAACUGUUUAUUUCUUUUGCAGGUGUGUCUGAUGAAGGCACAGAUGGAGGGUCAGUCUCUGUGAUGGAGGGAGAUUCGGUUACUUUACUAUGUCUUAUGGAAAAACAACAACAAGAAAACAUUAUAUGGCCUUUUAAUAACAUUGCUAUCGCUGAAAUCAAUGGGGACCCCAGUAAGAUCUGUACAGAUGUGCGUUGUGUUAAUCGUAAAAAGAGAAUCAGAGACAGACUGAAGCUGGAUCAUCAAACUGAAUAUCUGUCCAUCAGAAACAUCAGAACCACAGACUCUGGACCUUAUGAUGCAUGGAUCUCCAGCGAAAACCGCGGCGGUGGAGGAGCCUAUGUUGCUCGUGGUUUGUCUGAUGUUGAUAAAGAUGAAGUGUCAGUGGUGGAGGGAGAUUCAGUCACUCUACAGACUAGUGUAAAAACAAACCAACAAGAAAAAAUUAAAUGGUAUUUUAAUGACAUUCGAAUCGCUCAAAUCACUGGAGAUCACAGUAAGAUCUGUACAGAUGUUCAGUGUAAUGAAGGAACUGAGAGAUUCAGAGACAGACUGAAGCUGGAUCAUCAGACUGGAUCUCUGACCAUCAGGAACAUCAGGACCUCAGAUGCUGGAUUUUAUAAACUACAGAUCAUCAACAGCAGAAUCAGUAUCAUGAAGAGAUUUAGUUUUACUGUUGCAAGUACAUCUGGUGUUGGUACAGAUGAAGUGUCAGCAUAUAUGAUGAAGGGAGAUUCAGUCAUUCUAAAUACUAAUGUUAAAAAAAAAAAACAAGAAAAGAUUAAAUGGUUUUUUAAAAACAUUUGUAUAGCUCAAAUCAAUGGAGAUCUCAGUGAUUUCUAUCCAGAUGUUAAGUGUUAUGUAGGUACUGAGAGAUUCAGAGACAGACUGAAGCUGGAUCAUCAGACUGGAUCUCUCACCAUCAUGAACAUCACGACCACAGACUCUGGACUUUAUCAUCUAAAGAUCAUCAGUGACUCAUACAGCAUCAGGAAGCGCUUUAGUGUUUUUGUUCGUGAUGUUCCUGCUGCAAGACAAGAUAAAAUGAGAAGAAAAUAUCAGGGAGAAUCUGUUACUUUAGAUCCUGGGGUAAUAAAAUUUCCAAAUGAUGUGAUGACGUGGUAUUUUUCUCAUCGCAUUCUCAUCGCUGAAAACACUGGAGAUCAGAGUAAGAUCUGUACAGAUGAUCAAUGUGAGGAGAGAUUCAGAGACAGACUGAAGCUGGAUCAUCAGACUGGAUCUCUGACCAUCGCAAACAUGAGGACAUCAGACUCUGGACUCUAUAAACUAACAAUCACCAACAUCAGAUUCAAUAUAAUAAAAAGCUUCACUGUUUCUGUCACUGAUGGAGGUUUGCGGCCAUGUAUCGACUACAGAGCCCUGAACAAGAUAACUCAGAAGUUUCGCCAUCCUCUUCCCCUCAUCCCAGCAGCCCUAGAACAUCUCCGUGGUGCCACUGUAUUCUCCAAGUUGGACCUCCGCAGUGCGUAUAACCUCAUCCGGAUACGCGAGGGGGACGAAUGGAAAACCGCCUUCAUCACCCCUACUGGCCACUACGAGUACUGCAUGAUGCCGUAUGGGCUAGUAAACGCCCCCUCCGUAUUCCAGGAUUUCAUGCAUGAGGUGCUCCGGGAUUUCCUCCAUCAAUUCGUCCUAGUGUACAUCGAUGACAUCUUGAUAUAUUCCCGGAGCCAGGCCGAACAUCGACGCCACGUUGCGGAGGUCUUGCAACGCCUGAAGGACUUCCAG